AUGCUUACCUUUCGGAACAACAAGCGCAGUAUAUACGAGAUUCGUUCCCUUUUGACGAAGGAUCAAAUAGAAAACCUAUCUCAGUUCAUCACACAUAAGCAACCCCCUAACCAUAUGAGUCUAUUCACGAGAUUUUCAAGGCUCGCGUGCAGUAAGGCAAUUCGUUCUCCAGCCUUGAGAUGGCCCUCAAACAUAGCUAGCUCCAGGUUCGCAAGCACUGCCACCAAGAGCGAAAAGCCCUCUUUGAAGAAUUUGAUGAAGACAUAUGGCUCUUCCGCGUUGGUUGUCUACUUCGGCCUUUCUGCUAUCGACUUGCCGAUUUGCUUUUUCGCGGUUCAUUCGCUAGGGGAAGAGACUAUAAGAGUCUACAUAAAUAGGGCGAAACAGAUCUUUGGGUAUGGGCGUGAUGAGCAGGAGUUGAUUAAGGACGUCAGAGCCCAAAUCGAGGAGAAGGAGCAGAGAAAGCUUUCUGGUGAAGAGCAGCAUAACACGUCGCUUUGGGAGAGGCUCAAAGAGAGCACAAUUCUGACUGAGUUUCUGAUAGCCUACGGUAUUCAUAAAUCCUUGAUAAUUCUAAGAUUGCCGGUCACCGCUGCAAUUACCCCUGCCACAGUAAAGUUGCUCCAAAAGUGGGGCUUCAACAUUGGUAAGUUCAACAAGAGUUUCCAAACUGCAGGAGAUGUUGCAAAGUUCAAGAACAAAACUGGGAGACCAGAGGACUUUGUAAAAGGGAAUCCAAUCCCUAAACAGACGCAGACCAAGGGAAGAAAGUGGUUCAAUGGCUUGAUGUAG